AUGGGAAACAGCAAAAGUGGUUCCCUGUCCAAAGAGAUCUUGGAGGAGCUGCAGCUGAAUACCAAAUACAAAGAGGAGGAACUAUGUGCCUGGUACCAGUCCUUCCUGAAGGAGUGCCCCAGUGGCAGGAUAACAAAACAGGAGUUUGAGAGCAUCUACUCCAAAUUCUUCCCAGAUGCAGACCCGAAGGCCUAUGCCCAGCAUGUGUUCCGCAGCUUCGACACAAACAGUGAUGGGACUCUGGACUUUAAGGAAUAUAUCAUUGCACUCCACAUGACCACAGCUGGCAAAACCAACCAGAAACUGGAAUGGGCGUUUUCCCUCUACGACAUAGAUGGCAAUGGUGCCAUCAGCAAAAAUGAAGUGCUUGAGAUCGUCAUGGCCAUUUUCAAAAUGAUCCAUCCUGAUGACCUGAAGCAUCUUCCAGAAGAUGAAAACACCCCUGAAAAGAGAGCUUCGAAGAUCUGGUCCUUCUUUGGAAAGAAAGAUGACGAUAAACUUACAGAAGAAGAAUUUAUUGAAGGCACUCUGGCUAAUAAGGAAAUUCUUCGACUGAUCCAGUAUGAGCCACAAAAAGUGAAGGAGAAGCUAAAGGAUAAAAAGCCUUGA